AUGAGUUUAAAAUUAAAUAUUCAAAGAUGAUUAUUUUCUACAAAUGCUAAGGAUAUCGCGGUUCUGUAUUUUAUUUUUGCUUUAUUUUCAGCAAUGAUUGGUACAGGAUUAUCCGCUAUAAUUAGAUUAGAAUUAGCUAACACAGGAUCACCGUUCUUACAUGGAAAUACUCAAGCAUUUAAUGUAGUGAUCACAGCUCAUGCAAUAUUAAUGAUAUUCUUCUUCGUCAUGCCAGCUUUAGUAGGAGGUUUUGGUAAUUACUUAAUGCCAUUAAUGUUAGGAGCUAGUGAUAUGGCUUUCGCUAGAUUAAACAAUAUCUCAUUCUGAUUAUUAGUACCUUCAUUAAUAUUAAUAUUAACUUCAGCUUUAGUUGAAGCUGGUGCUGGUACAGGAUGAACUGUAUAUUUCCCAUUAGCAGGUAUCCAAUCACAUAGUGGUCCAGCUGUAGAUUUAGCUAUCUUCAGUUUACAUUUAUCAGGAUUCUCAUCAUUAUUAGGAGCUAUCAACUUCAUAACAACUUUCAUUAACAUGAGAACAAUUGGAAUGAAAUAUGAGAAUGUUCCAUUAUUCGCUUGAGCAGUAUUAUUUACAGCUAUCUUAUUAUUAUUAAGUUUACCUGUAUUAGCUGCUGGAUUAACAAUGGGAAUCUUCGAUAGAAACUUUAAUACUUCAUUCUUCGAGUAUGCAGGUGGUGGUGAUGCUGUAUUAUACCAACACCUAUUCUAUUGAUGAAAUCACCCAGAGGUAUAUAUUUUAAUUAUACCUGGAUUCGGUAUAAUUAGUCAUGCAGUUUCUGCAAUCGCAUCUAAACCAGUAUUUGGUGUACAAGGAAUGAUUUACGCUAUGUGAUCUAUUGGAUUAUUAGGAUUCUGUGUUUGAAGUCAUCACAUGUUUGCCGUAGGUUUAGAUUCAGAUACUAGAGCUUACUUCACAUCAGCUACAAUGGUUAUUGCUGUACCAACAUCUAUUAAAAUCUUCUCUUGAUUAGCAACUCUUUACGGAGGUACAAUCAGAUUAAACGUAACUGCAUUAUUUGCUUUAGGUUUCAUCUUCUUAUUCACAAUAGGUGGAUUAACAGGAGUUGUAUUAGCUAACUCAGCAUUAGAUAUCCCAUUCCACGAUUCAUACUAUGUAGUAGCUCAUUUCCACUAUGUAUUAUCAAUGGGAGCAGUAUUCUCAAUCUUCUGUGGUUGAUACUUAUGAUCACCUAAAAUCUUAGGAUUACACUAUAACGAGAGAUUAAGUCAUAUUCACUUCUGAUUAAUGUUCAUUGGAGUUAAUGUUACAUUCUUCCCUAUGCACUUCUUAGGUCUACAAGGAAUGCCAAGAAGAAUUAAUGAUUAUCCAGAUGCUUUCAUCGGUUGAAACCAAGUAGCAUCAUUAGGAUCAAUCAUAUCUAUCGUAGCUUCAAUAGUAUUUAUCUAUGUAGUAUAUGACCAAUUAACAAAUGGAUUACACCAAGGAAAUAAAGCAUUAGACAGUCAAUUUAAACCAAGCUUUAUGGGAACUAACUUAAAUGUAGAAGGAUAUACAGGACCAACAUUAGAGUGAACAGUAUCAACACCACCUUCAUUACAUGCAUUUAAUACUCCAGCUGUAUUAUACUAG